GGGGAGGUGCACUGAAGGAUUGCAGGGCUUGGGAAGCUUGGAAGGAAGGCCCGUGGUGCGGAACCCGCGAGGAGGCGGGGCGAGCACCGAGGCUGGGCUUUGUGUGGCGGAGGAGUUGAAGUCGGAAUUGUGCGGCUAAUUUGUGAACAGUGAUCGCGGCGCUAAGGGGCUGUCCUGGUGAUGAGCAUCAGUCUCUGCUAACACCGUGGCGGGCACCACCCGUCGGUCUGCCCUGUUCCAGAAGAGCAGCACAGAGGACCUGCCUCUAUCAAAGCCAUGGCUCAGGUUUAUAUUGUCCUUGUCCACAUGGAAUAAAGCACACAAGCUAUUACACGGAGGAUCGUCUUUACUGAGUAGCAACACUUGGAAGAGUUCACUCUCCCGAAGCAUUCACCGCUGGAUCUUGGACCCCCCCCUGGCUGGCUAGGCUCUUGUCCCCUGCAGAGGCUCACAUCAGAGUGGCAGCAGCUCCAGCUGCCACCUCUGCCACUGCUGCUGUAGCUGAUGAGAGACCCAGGACUCCGGCUCUGGGCGCCCAAAUCUCUUCACUUCCCUUCUAAGAGUUGUAACACUCCUGGGCUUCCUGGCUGGCCAGGAGCCCCGUGGAACCUAUUUCUCCCCAUCUCUGACCGUCCUUCUCAGUCUGGUCUACAGAGGCAUCGCACGGCAAGUGUCAGUGCUGUUCCAUGAUGUGUACAUAGACUUCUCUCAGGACGAGUGGGAGUGCCUGACUGAGGAGCAGAGAGACUUGUACAGAGAUGUGAUGUUGGAGAAUUACAGCAACCUGCUCUCAAUGGUCCUGGAGUCAAAAUGCGAAGCCCAGAAGUUAUUCCUGAAGAAGGAGCUGUUUGAAAUGGAGACAGCGCAGUGGGAGAUCGUGAGGAAACUCACAAGGCAGGACCCUCAACGCUCUGGUCUCAGCAGUGCCCGGGAAUGGAACGGCCACUGUGAGAGACAGCGCAGAUCUCAGGAGAGACAGUUCAGCGAACUGAUCAUCAACCGGGAAGUCGUGCCCACUCUCAGUCAGUAUCCAUCCUUCAGGCUGCAGCAGGUUAUUAAGAAUAAAGAGAAAUACUGUGCCAGUAAAGAGAACAGGGAACACUAUAAGCACGGCUCCCAGUUUGCUACUCAUCAGAUCAUUCCCACCAUUGAGAAGCCGUACGAGUGUAAGGACUGUGGCAAGACCUUUAGACACCCCUCAGGGCUCACUCACCAUCACAAAAUCCACACUGGAAAGAAACCCUUUGAGUGCAAGGAAUGUGGGAAAACGUUCAUUUGCGGCUCAGACCUGACCCGACAUCACAGAAUUCACACAGGUGAGAAACCCUAUGAGUGUAAGGACUGCGGAAAAGCCUUCAGUAGUGGCUCAAACUUUACUCGCCAUCAGAGGAUUCACACUGGCGAGAAGCCUUAUGAAUGUAAAGAAUGUGGGAAGGCUUUUAGUAGCGGUUCAAAUUUCACUCAACAUCAGAGAAUUCACACUGGGGAGAAACCCUAUGAAUGUAAGGAGUGCGGCAAUGCCUUUAGUCAGAGUUCCCAACUUAUUAAACAUCAGAGAAUCCACACCGGUGAGAAGCCCUACGAGUGUAAGGAGUGUGAGAAGGCUUUCCGGUCGGGUUCUGACCUCACUAGACACCAGAGAAUCCAUACUGGAGAAAAACCGUAUGAGUGUAAGAUUUGUGGGAAAGCCUAUUCUCAGAGCUCACAGCUCAUCAGUCACCACAGAAUUCACGGCGGCGGUAAGAAAGCCUACGAAGACGAGGACUGUGGGAAGAACUUUAACUAUGGCUCACAGCCUCUUCAGCAUCAGAGCUUAUACUGGUGAUGAACCAGAACUCACACAAUGUGUGGGAGACUCAGAACCGUCAGAGAAUCUGUAGAAUCCCUCUAGACCGAAGAAUGUAGAAACAGUUUACUUGUUGACUUUCGCUUCUUCAUCUGAAGAGAAGUUCAUCCUGGAGAAGCACCCUGUGAAUGUAGUAUAUUCCGGAAGCUGUUUAGUAACAGCUUAUAUUUCUUUUGACUCGAUUUCAAUCUGGCAAAUAAUUGAAAAAAACAAUGCCUUGAUCUUAAAGAUAACAAUCCACGUGGCAAUGUGA